AUAAAACAUAGAUAAAAUACAAAAAACACACAUUUAAUUAUGAUUAAAUCAUAUUUAUAACAUGAGUUUAUUAGGUAACAGUGACUAGUGUUUAUUUUUUCACGUAAACGCCUAUCAUAAUGUUAAUUGCUUAGUCCGCAGUGUAAUCGAACAAACCAUUCUUGGCGGUUGUGUAAUUAUGCAACGGUCAAAAUUGCUGUAGACAUUCAUACAUUGUCAUAUAAAAUCUUCCACUGUAUUUACUUACGGUUUUGAAACGUAAAAAAGAAAAAAACCUGCACUCGCAUAUAACUUCGAUGGUAAUAGGACGAAGAUUUUUUUCAUAUUCGUGAAAAUAUAACUUCUUUGCCUACUCUUGCUGUUGAUAAAAACGUAACAUAAUAACUAAAUAUAAGAUAAAAUCGAUGUGGAAAUGAAAAUAAAGUCGAGCUGAAGACCAGUUACAAGAAGGAAGGCAGAAUUUUGAAAAAAUGCGCUGGAUAUUCCCUGUACCAGUUCUGCUGAUGUCGUGGUUCGGGGUGGAUCAAGUGAAAUCUAACUCCUGCAUUCGGACUGCAUUAUGGGCACUAAGUAUCAGCCCCCUUGUUCAGGCGGAAUGCCAGACACGGACGAUAUACUGUUACGAGUGCGACAGUUGGACUGACCCGCGGUGCAAGGACCCCUUCAAUUACACUGCGUUGCCGCGAGAUCAACCACCUCUGCAGACUUGUAACGGCUGCUGUGUCAAGAUGGUCCGGUAUUCUAAGAGUCCGUACGAGGUGGUCCGUCGAACAUGUACCUCACAGCUACAAAUAAAUCUAUUCAUGGUAGACCACGUCUGUAUGAUGGAAAGCACUGGCACGGGCCACAUGUGUUUCUGCGAAGAAGACAUGUGUAAUACCGCGGCGGCGCCCGUCGCGGCACUCGCAUUGAUCGCAACACUGGCCGCAUGUGCUUGCAUGAGGUGAAGUAGGCAUAGAGACUGCCCCGAGCGGUCGAUUGUCGAUAACCGAUAUCGAUAACAACACUGUCCAUUAACUGUCAAACUAUAACGUCGGUCAGUCAUCGAUUGAGAAAACUGUCACUGGUCUUACUCUAAUGAUGUGUGAAUAUCGAUGAAUCGACAAUCGAUCGACUGUAUCUUUGGGCCCUACCCUAGCUGAGAUUUAAUUACAUUUUUCGUCCAACUGUAGACGUAGCUUAGUGUUGUGCUUAGUUUUUACAGCACAAAGUUCCAAUAUUCCCGUUAAGCUGCAUCAAGAUAUGCUUGGCUUGACAUUUUUGAAAUAAUAGCGAUUAAAAAAAAUGUGUGGACUACUUGAUUUUAAGAGGAAGUAAUAAAUAGAAAUAAAAUGCAUCAAUUAAAAUAAAGCGAUAAGAAAAUGCGAGUUUUACAACAAUUAUUUCAGCGAAUGAUUCCCACAAAACAUACAUAUCUAAAUACCUAAUUUAAAGCUACAAUCAUUAAUCAGUACUUAAAAACAAGGAAAUAUGAAAGAUAAAACCCAAUCUUAAGGUCAAGUAAUACCACACAAUGUCAAAGAUUAACAUUUAAAUAGAAUAUACAGCUUCAAGCUUCCAAAAGUGUUGUCCAAACUAAGCACAAUUUACUCCAGAAGCUAAUAUCAUGUUCAGCAAUUUUUGCUCUAAAAUUAUUAAUAACUUUUCCUGAUUAAGCAUGUAUAUAAAGCUCGGUAUAAAAAGGCGUUAGAAAUAAUAACAGUCUUAGAGCGAGUGCGUUUGCUAAUCUAAAUGGCAGUGGAAUUGUGAUCGCUGCCAUCUAGUGGGAUUUUCGAGUACUAAUUUCUCCUGCAAACGCUUCUGAUUGGUCCAAUUAUCGACCAAUAAAAUUUGCUCAUAGUUGCACCUAAUAUUAGAAGUGGGCACCUGUAGAUAGAAUAAAUCGAAAUUGGAAAGAAACUAGCGAGUACUGCCGAAAUAUAGACGAAUAGAUAUGAUAAGUGCAUCGGAUUGGUGAUAUAUUAUAUCAGUUUUUUUAAAUUAGUCUUAACAAACGGUUGUGUUUUUAUUGUCUUCUCAAAAGACGUAGAUAAUUAAAUUGUCAAUUGAGUUUUAAUUUUUAGUUGUUGUAGCGUGUAUCGUAUGUUAAUUUUAAAGAUAACACAUUUUUUACCAAAGAGUACAUGAUUC